AUGCUGGCCCGCAACUCGCGCCGACUACCCAAGGCCGCUGCCCGCUGCAUCAGCUCGUCCACGUCCGCGCGCGUACUACAGCUGACGCCCGCCACCUCGGGCGGCUCCGCCAAGACGAGCGUGCCACCGGUCUCCCAGGGCGAGAAGGCCUGGUGCGACCUCUACGGUGUGGCCUCCGAGAAGCAGAUCCAGGAGGCGCUGCACGAGUCCCCGGCCGCCGCGCAGGGCUCCGCCAAGCAGGUCAACUACCCCACGUCCAGCGUGAACCCCGCUGCCAAGGCGCAGAGCAAGACCGAUCUUAAAUGUGGCACCAUAACCUAUUUCAACUAAUAUCAACUGAUAUUAACCUACUCC